UGUGUACGUGUAAUUAAUUUUAUUUACAAACCUGAGACUGCCUGACAAAUAUUCCAUGGUUUUCCUCACAGGGAAAGUAGCGCUUCCCCUGGACGGUGCCGUCAUUCUUGCCAUUGGGUUCAUCAAGUCUGACACCCACCCAUUUCCCAGAGGCAAACAGGGUCACUCCAAUGAAGGCAACAGUGCCACGCUGACCCUUUCCUGUCACCUCUACUAUAGAACCAAUCUAGGAGAGGAGACAAGUUUACCGAUAUGCCUGAGUUAUACCCACACACGAUGAAGCACCAUCACAAUGAAGACCCAAGAUGUACUGAGAUGAAUCACACCUACGUAAUAUGAUCUGACCAAUCAGAUAACGGAGAGGCUGUGCUUGCACCGGCUGGUAGCCUGACACACCGCGUCCACAGAUCCGGCCGCUAAACCCUGUGGUGGUGACAGCACUGCACCAUCCCGGACCUGGCCUGUCAAACUUCGCAUUUUGAGGGCAAGAUGUCAGACUACGAGCUGGUAAAGAAAAUGCUGAGAGUCAUCCUCCAAGCUAACAAGGGUGGAAUGUCGCUGUCCCGUCUUCAGUCAGAGUACAAGGAGCUGACCGGAGAACACAUUCCACAUAAACAGAUGGGACACAACCAUCUGGAGUCUCUGCUAGCAAGCAUGCCUUCUGUGAUUCGCAUGGAACCCAGCCGCUCUGGAGAGGUAGUGUAUUUUGCCUCAGUGGACAAAGAGAUGGCGCACAUUGCCAAGGUGAUGGCUCGCCAGCGGGGCUCCAAGAAGACUGGACAACCCCACCUGGUGAACACCCAGAUGAGGGUCAAGCCAGCCGCCCUGCUCGUCCUUAAUGCAAAACCUCAAAACUCUCUGAGGCAGCCAAGCCACCGUGGACGGGGUGGAGGCAGAGGAGGAGGAGGUGGCAGUCGAGGUGCAGGAUAUGGAGACUUAAGACAAUCAAGGGAUGUGAGGGAUGGCCAGACGGAGGGCAGAACGGGGGUGCAAUCACUAAAGAUGUCCAAUCAGAACACACCCCACAGGUCAGAAAAGAGGAUGACACUCCCAUCUCGGUUUCAGAAGGAGGUACAGGCUCACCUUUCCAGAAAUUCCCAACAAAUUAGCCCACCCUCUCAUUUAAAUGAGAAUUCGGGCUCAUGCAAAGGAAAAGUCUACAACCCUCAGCAGGUCCAGAGAUGUAUCAAGGAUAUCCUGGCCAAGUACAGCAAUGGUUUCUGGGUCUCAAAACUGCCUCAGAUCUACAAAGAGCUUUAUAAACAAGACCUGCCUCCUGAGGCCAUUAAAGACCUAGAGACCUGGACGCACAUAUGCACUGUAGAGAGAACUUGCAGCAGUAACCCAUCAGAGCUGCUUCUCUACCCCGCUAAGGAGCAGACCACCUCAUCCCCUUCUUCACUAAUCCUCAAAUCAAACCCCACUACAGGCCGUGUCCCAUCUUCCAGCUCCCCAGCAGACAAACCCUCGCAGUCCCCUGUCCAACAGAGACCCCAGUUGAGGCGCUCAGGCUCUCACCCUCCUCCAUCCCGGUACUUGUCGUCCCCCAGUCCUCCCUCUUCGCCUGCUACCCUCAGCCCUGAGCUGAAGCUGAAGCUCGAGGAGCUGCUGCUGAAGUAUUCCAGCGGCCUGUGGGCACAUGCGCUGCCCCAGCUCUUUCAGGACACCUAUAAAAUUAAAUUGCCUGCACACGUCCUCGAGAAUCUUCACCUCCUCUCCGACAUCUUCACCAUCGACUACCCCAUGCCUGACAACCCAAAGAGGGCCAUCCUGUACAGGAAGAGCAGCACUGGAGGUGGAGGAGAGGAUGAGAGCUGUAACAGGAGAGGCUCGUCGGCCAGUGAGGACGAGCAGAGGGUGAAGCAGGAGGCUGAGACGAGAGUCUGUGAUCACUCAGUACCUUCCCUGCAGAUCCCGAAAGAGGAAUAUCCCUCUGUGUUGGUGGUGGAAGCCACAAACACUAAUGAAGUCCUUCUCAGAUACAUAGGUGAGAGCUACUCACAGGCACAGGAGUCUAUGGAGAAUGAAAUGAGGGAAUUUUACAACCUAGACAAGAGCAAACUGACUUGUUUGUCGUCUCCAUCCCUGGGCCAACUUGUGGCUGUCAGGGCGGAGGAGGAGGAGGAAGUUCUGAGGGCACGGGUCUGCGAGGACAUGGAAGAUAAGGUUAAGGUGUACUUUGUGGACCACGGCUUCUCAGAGGUUAUUAGCAAAGCCAAACUUUUUGAGCUACAUGAGAAGUUUUUCAAACUCCCUUUCCAAUCAACCAAGUGCAAACUAGCAGGCCUGGAGCCUUUCUGCCAAGAGCCUGCUGUGCUGAAGAAAUUUGAGGUGAUGGCGAAUGGCCGGAUCCUUUUGUCUGAGAUCUUGGAGAGAGGGAAGACCCCUCUGGUAGUCCUGUAUGACACAUCGCAGGAUGACGAUGUCAACAUCAAUGCAGCCUGCAUGAAGGCCCUGCAGGAUAAGACCCUGACCAGUCCGUUACAGGUUAACAGUGCUUACAUGAAUGUGACCAUCAGCAGCGUCUGCUCCGACGGCACAAUCUAUUGUCAGCUUCCCUCCAGAGGCCUCGCCAAGCUCAACGAAAUCCUGGAGAAUAUUGAGAAAUACUUCCACUCGCAGGUAACGUCAGAGUUCUUGGUAUCCAGACCAUUUUGCGGCAAAGGAUGUCUGGCUCGAUACAAAGGGAAAUGGUCCCGUAUUGAGAUUACAAAUCUACAUGGAAGCAGAGUGUUAGAUAUCCUCUUCAUUGAUGUGGGAGUCCAGGCUUCCGUGGAGGUGUUUGAGCUCAGGGAGAUCCCACAGAAAUUCCUCCGUGACCUCAUGGCCAUCCCACCACAGGCCAUCAAGUGUUGCCUGGCCGACCUGUCUGUCAGCAUCGGGUCUUGGACUCCAGACACUGUCCAGUGGCUUCGGGAGAAGGUGCUCAACACCACUGACUGCAGCAUGAAGGUGGCCAAGGUAGACGAAAGCAAGCAGUGUGUCUACGUUCACCUCUUUACUGACAAGAACUUCCACGACCCAGCCCGUAGUCUCAACCAUCAGAUGGCCAAGUCUGACCUGUUUAAACAGCAACCUGAUGUUUUCCUGACAAGCCACAGCAGUCCCAUCAAGCUCUCCACACACACUGCACCCACCAAGACUUCGAGCAACAGUGACAUCACCAACGGCAGUCCAAAGUCCACUUCGGUUGUGGCCAAGCCUCAUCUCAGAAGGGUUCUGUCAGGACCCAGUGGAGGCAGCAACGCAAACUCGAGCAGCCCAUCUCAGACUUCACAACCUUCCUCAUCUUCUCUCCAGCUGCCACCACUGCUGGAGCUACCCCCUGCAGGAAACAACAUAGAUGUAUAUGUGUCGGUGGCGUGUCAUCCAGGCCACUUUGUGCUGCAGCCCUGGAGGGAUAUGUACAAACUGGUGGUGAUGAUGGGGGAGAUGAUCCUCUUUUAUAACCAAACUGAUAAAACGCCUUUGAAUGUGGAGAAGAAUCAGAUAUAUGCUGCUAAGGUGGAGAACAACUGGUAUCGGGUUUUAGUGAAGGGGGUUCUCACCAAUGGGCUGGUCUCUGUGUAUGAGUUGGACUACGGUAAGCAUGAGCUCGUCAACUGCACACAGCUCAGAGUUCUUGACAAGGAGUUUAGACAGCUGCCCUUCCAGGGAAUCACCGCUCAACUGGCUGGAGUGAAGACUAGGCAGUGGUCUGAGGAAGCCUCCAUUGUCUUCAGGAAUCACGUGGAGAAGAAGCCCCUCGUGGCCCAGCUGGAGGCCGCACAGGAAGCCGCAAACCCAUGGGACAGGAAGUUGACGGUCUUCCUGGUCGACACCUCACAGGAAGAAAGAGACAUCUGGGUGCAUGACAUCAUGGCAGACUUUGCUGAUGAGCUCGCUGCCGACAUGUAGAUGUAUAGUAACAUUGUGGGCAGUCUUAGAUCGAGACACAAAGAGGCUUGGAUAGAAAUGGAAAUUCUUUAUCCAACUAAAACGUUUCAGGGGGCUGAAAGAUGAUAGGAAAGAGCAUGGAACAGAAGAGGAUUGAUAAAAAAAAAAUACAUUGUGGGCCCCUGCCUGCUGGCCAUAUUUGGAUGUGAUUUAAGUGACUGCAGUGCCACAACAACAGUGAAACAUCUUAUUUAGCUGUCCAGCUCGAGUUACCAAUCCAGUGACAAUUAUUUACCGUACAUCUCAAGCAGCAUCUUUAACUCCCACUCCCCUUUAACAUGACCCUGCCAAUGUGAGCUACACAUUUGGUGCACAAAUGACCUUUACUUGUGUAAAUCAUGCUAUGCAUAUCAUUCCAAGUAGUAUGCGUGUAUUAUUUAAGGUGAAUGAUAAAAGCUAGCAUGUAGAUUUUUAAAGUACACACCAUAUUUUGUUGUUGUUGCACUUUCUACUUCAAGUUUAAAACGUGGUAGACAAGGCUCUAAGCUGCACUAACGGACCAGGAGUUAAUUUAUUAUUGAAGCUAUAUCCCACCACUAUGUGCAUAUCAUAAGAUAUUAAGAGUUUUUAAAUAAAGCUAAUGAGGUAGCGAUUUCUGUGUGAGAUGUUUUUUUAAGUUAACAGAGAAAGACAGUUUGAAUUUCUUUAUUAAAAUAAAACAUGCACUUUUUUUACACAUCAAGUUGAUUUCUUCCCCGUUUAUCAUUCCUUCACAAUUAGGCACACCAUAUAUUGCAUCUUUCACUACAAAGAGAUGUUGCAGUCAACAUGUAGUAUUUACUGUGUGUGCAAUGGUUGAGGUUACAGAAGUGCUGGCGGACACUAGCGGAUGGAGAGCAUCAUGACGAACUCUGAGGAGGAGCAUAGAGAU